GUGUUGAAUCAUGUGCUCUUGCAGCAGCAAUAUGGCGGGACUGUCUCGCGCUGACAUGCAGAAAUAUGGCAGAAGUUCCUGCUGGUUUUCUGCUGUAUUUCUGAUGCUCGCGGCUCAUGUAAUCGCUCAGACGGACGAUAAUAAUGUGCUGACAGUGGCCGACGCCAACUGGACGCUCAUCCUGCAGGGCGAGUGGAUGAUCAAAUUUUAUGCUCCUUGGUGUCCGGCCUGCCAACAUUUACAAACAGACUGGGAGAAUCUUGGAAGACAAAGUGAAAGUCUGGGCAUAUCAGUGGGCAGGGUUGACGUUACACAACAACCAGGUCUGAGUGGGAGGUUUCUGGUUACAACACUGCCGACUAUAUUUCACGCUAAAGAUGGACAUUUUCGCAAAUAUGUUUCAUCACGGACGAUUGAGGAUAUCCAGGCGUAUGUUGAGCAGAAAAAGUGGGCGACGGUUGAGCCGGUGCCAGGAUGGAAGUCGCCAUCGUCUCUUCUAAUGUCAGGAAUGGCUAAUCUGUUUCGUCUUUCCGUGUGGAUCAGACAAAUCCACACGUACCUGACGAAUACUCUCGGUAUCCCUUCUUGGGGCUCUUAUGUGAUUUUUGCCAUCAUUACGCUCUUUAUGGGACUGAUGCUCGGCCUGAUGCUGGUUUUGAUCGCUGACUGCAUUUGGCCGUCCAGACCAAAGCACAGAGAAGACAAAUCAGUUGUGAUAGUGAAGGAGGAAGUCUCAGAGGAGGAGGUGGAAGACAUUAUGAUGGAGGAGAAACGCACGUCUGACCUGGACAACGAGAGCGAGCGAGUGUCUGGUGACGAGUCGACCGAAGAGGAAGGACAGACGAGCGACGGAGCCGCCGGUGGCAGCGAUCAGCCUCCGUCAGAGGAGGCAGCAGAGAGUUCAGUGAGAAAACGCAAACCGCAGGGGUCGAACACGACUGAGGGAACAUAAUAUCAACCCCACUUGCUUUCACUGCAGUUGCCACCAAAAACAAGAGGAAACUGCCAUAUCUGUGGGAUAUGCAAAGCAACGCCAGCUAUCGGCUGAUUUCUGCUUCGUACAUGCAGAACGUGGUUUGCCCAUUCGACGCCUUCCUCGCAUUUUACCUGCUUCUCGCUGCGGUUUAAUUCAGUUUAGUUUUUAAGAGUAGUCGCUUAAAUGUAUUGCUGAAAGGUGUCAAACAUUGACAGACCUUCUUUAACAUUUAAUUUUAUAUUUUCUAAAAAUGCCAAAAAUAUGAAUGUGCAUAAAUAGUAUCAUUUUAAUGCUGAAGCUACGCGCAAAAAAAAAACAAAACAAAAACAAAACAAAACAAAACAAAACAAAACAAAAACGUUUACAAUGUAUAAGGAUGAAUCCCUCUCUCAAAAAAAAAUCUGGCUAUUUCACCUCAAAAAACACAAAAGAGAAAAAUACAGCCUGAUUAAGAAGUAUCCUUUAGAAAUCAUUCUAAUGAAGGAUCAUGUGACACUGAAGACUGAUGCUAAUGAUGCUGAAAAUUCAGCUUUUAUCACAGGAAUAAAUCACAUUUUAAAAUAUAUUACAAUAUAAAGUUGUUAUUUUAAAUUAUAAUAAGAUUUCACAGUGUUACAGUUUUUACUUUUAAACAAAUAAAUGCAGCCUUGGUGAGCCGAAGACACUUAUCCCACAAUUAUUCCAAACUUAGUUUGUGUAAUUAAUGUAUUUAAAUAUUAAAAUAUUUAUGUAUCACGGUAGUAUUUGUUGUACUGCCUCUAUGCUGAUUUUAAUAAUUUUUUUAAUAAAUUGUAUAACUAAUUUUACCUUUUGACUUAUCUAUAUCUAUGCUACAGUAUCCUGUUUUAUACUGUAAUGUAAUACAAACAAUCAUGUGUUACAGUCAUGAAAUUAAUUGAAAAUUACAGAACUCAAAAGAAAAAGGUACUGAUGCAUUACAAUAAUGAGAUUUUGGGAGAAACAUGCUUAAUUGUCAUGAAAAUGUCGCAGUGCAAAAGCUAUCAAAACGUAUGAUUAUUAUUUUUAUUUUAGAGUGAAAUAUGAAAGCCAUGUUCUUAACCAGUUUAAUGAGAUUCAUGCAUUACACUGUUGUUUUACCACGAUUCCUUAAUUGUUCUAUAUUUGCUGUAAUGAUAAACACCUCCUCGUUUGUUCAUGUUUCACAUUCCUGUGCCACACCUCAAUCCUGACCGUUUUCAGAAGGAAAUGUUCUUAAAGUAUAAUAUUUAUGAAGAGUAUUUUUGCACUAUUGCAUUCAUCCACACAUGAUGCAUAUAGUGUUGAAUAGCACAAACUGUCCAUAAUUAUAGUUCCUUAAAACAGCAAAUGAUCAGAUGGAUGCUUUGUGUACCAGGUCUCAGGAUAAGUAUUUCUUAUGAAGUAUGAAGACGUUGUUUUGUACAGUGUAGAUUUCUUAUGUAUUCCCUGUACUUGCAAAUUAAAUGUAUAAUUUGCACAAUAAAACUUUGACAAUGUCUUUGGUAUUAAAAUCGGUGCAGUCUUUGACUCAACGGUCAAUUGCCUUUCAUUUUUAUACUAUGGACAGACUGUUUGAAUCUGUGUAGCAAAUCCUGGUGAUUUUUGUAAGCUGUAACCAGCACAGAAACACACCAGCACAUCUGUAAUGUUUCUGUGUCAUUUAUCAUAUGCUGAACCUCUAUUGUCAAUUUCAUUGUAUUGUGUGACAGAUUGUUAAUAUUGUGUAAGGUGUUCUUAACUGCUGGGUUUAUGUGUUCAUUAAACAGUUUGACUUGAUACGAA